AUCUGCCUGGCGCCCCAGAUGCAAAAAGCAGAUUCUUAUUUUUUUUCCAAGCUCUGCUUGGAUUAACGAGAUCUCAGAUGCACAACUCAGAGUGAACAAAACCCCCUGAGAUUAGAGGGCCAGUUAUCGUAUUCACUGAGGUUUAGCAUUUCUGUCCAGGGAUUAUGGAAGCUUUUUUUUUUUUUUCUCUCCCCCAUGAAAUAGUUUGAGUUAUAAAGUGGCAGCUUUAGAGGAAAGAAAUAAAGGUAUUUAAAAUACAGACAAGUCGAGGAAUGAAAGGAAAAUACUUUAAGCUGAAGUAUUAAAGGUAAAGGGGGUCUCUUGUACAAGAUGAGAUGUUUUAUAAGGCGAGCAAUCAUAUCGGAGAGAGACGGUGUAGAGUCAGCACUGCGGAGGCGCACUCGCGGCAUGUCAUCCAGCAAGGAAAGUGUUAAAAAGAAGACACAGCGUCCCUUCUCUAUUGAAAGCAUCCUCUCUCUUCCUCCACCUAAAAUAAAACAAAAGCCUAAUGGUGGCCAGCAGGGAUCAGCAUGGCCACCAAGUGGGCAAUGUCAAGUGACUACAUGUCAAGAUGACCCACCCGUGCCUGGAUGCAAAUGUUGCUGCUGUGUCCAUUUCAGCCACCACUCUGGACAGGAUCCACCAUGGCUCAUAUUUAUCUAUAACUAUAACACAGGCUCCCAGUUACACUGGCCUGUACAAAUAAUCAGUACAGUCCCUGAAGAUGGAGGAAAAGUCAUCUAUAACGGGAUCCAAACAGUGAAUAAUAUGCCAGUCAUUCAGCGUAGGACUCGUCGUCACCGUACGAUAUUCACAGAAGAGCAGUUACACGCUUUGGAGGAAACCUUCCACCAGAACCAGUAUCCAGAUGUCAUUGCUAGGGAACAGUUGGCUGGCCGGAUCCAUCUCAGAGAGGAGCGAGUGGAGGUAUGGUUUAAAAACCGAAGAGCAAAGUGGAGAAGGCAAAAGAGAGUUACAACGUCCAUCAUCAUCCUCCAAGGAAACAAAAAGGGAGAUGACUCUUGUUAGCGGUGGAUGA